AUGGCAUACACCGGCAUUGCUGCAACAUUGCUGCCUAAUGGAAAAACGGUACAUAAGACAUUCGGCUUACCAGUUCCGAUGUUUAAUGAUUCCUCUUCAAAUAUUAAAAUACAAUCAACUGAAGGUAUGCUUUUAAAAAAUACUAAAGUAUUUAUUUGGGAUGAAGCACCAAUGGCGCCAAGAUACGCUUUAGAAAUAGCGAACAGAACCUUAAAACAUAUCAUGAACAGUGAUCUACCAUUCGGUGGGAAAAUAAUGGUUUUAGGGGGUGAUUUUAGACAAUUACUUCCUAUUAAAGUUAAUGGGACGCGUAACGAAAUAUUAAAUUUGUCUAUAAAAAAUUCUCAGUUGUGGUCAUUUUUUUCUAUAUAUAAGUUGAAUACUAACAUGAGAGUUUUACCACAUGAAAUUGAAUUUGCUAAAUAUUUAUUGCAUGUUGGUGAUGGAACAUUAAAUGAACAAGAUGAUAAUUUACAACUUCCACAACACUGCUAUACUAUCUGCAAAUGA